AUGAUAUUUAUACGAGGUCAAUUUGCAUUACUUCAUGAUUUAAGCAGUCGUAUUGGAGGAAAAGGAAAUCAUUUAUUUUUAUCGAAGAGGAGAGAUGAACGUGCUCAUGGUAGGAUCAAAGAGUGUCAUAAAAUUCAUCUAGCUUUAUUAAGGUCGCUCAAGGAUCUCGGUGAAUUCGUGCAGAAUAUAUUAGGCAUAUACUUCUUCGUAGCAACUUUAACAUUAUGUUCGGUAGCUGUUCAGUUACAAUGGAUAGUUCGUGCCGCUUACAGCAUCUACGCUGUGUUGAGAUCUUCGUCAUCAGGAUAA